AUGCAGACUCCCGAUGUCUCUGAACCCGGAACUCCGGAUACGUUUUACUCAGAGACCAUCAGCUUUCCACAGCUGAACGGUACUGUGAAGGAAACCAAGGAGAAUCUCAAACGCUCGUUCGAGAAGUAUCUGUCUUCUGACCAGUCCCCUCCUGCCGCUGGUAAGAACUUCGACCCAAGCAAGCAUCUCACCUUCGAAGAGCCGACAUAUGUUCACUCUAUGGAGGACAUCGGAUUCACUGCCAGCACCGGCGUCUCGCCGAUGGCAGUUUCUGAGCCCUUCCAUCUGUUCAGUGAGGAGGCCGUCAAUAUCAUGAGGAGCGAGAUCUUCAACCCAGUUGUCCAGGAGAAGUACAGUCACACCUCUGACAUCGCACCCAAGCAGCUCCGCGGCUAUGCUCCCCAACAUGCAAAGUUCAUCUUCCAGGCUUGGACAAACCCUGAAACUCUUUCUAUCAUCUCCAAGAUUGCUGGCAUCGAGCUCGUUCCACAGAUGGACUACGAGAUUGGCCACGUCAAUAUGUCCGUCCCUAGAAAGCAGAGCGCCGGCGGUAACAAUGUCACUCCUCCUGAUGAUGACGGCGGUGCUAUCGUUGGAUGGCACAGAGACAGUUAUCCGUUCGUCUGUGUCCUAAUGAUGAGCGAUACUACUGGCAUGAUUGGCGGCGAGACUGCUUUGAGAACUGGAACCGGCGAGAUCAAGAAGGUCCGCGGUCCGCAGAAGGGAUAUGCAGUUGUUCUCCAAGGACGAUACAUUGACCACCAAGCACUCGCAGCUUUCGGCGGUCAGGAGCGUAUCACCAUGGUCACUUCGUUUAGGCCCCGUUCCCCACAUGUGCGAGAUGAUACUGUUCUGAGCACAGUCCGACCUAUCUCCAACCUGUCUGAUCUUUAUGGUCAAACUAUCCAAUACCAGCUCGAGAACGCCGAGACUCGGAUCCGUCAAAUGCUCAAGACAGUCCGUGACUCGAUGAAGACUGGUUCCACAAAUGCGGCGGCCAUCAAGAAAUUUCUUGAUUUUGAAAUCAAGACACUGCAGCACCUCAACGACGAGAUUGUUGAUGAAGCCAACGUUCAGAAGGGGCACUUGGCCGAGGUCUGCGUGGAUGCGGCCAAAUGCACCAGCGCUUAA